CAUUCGUAUUCCACGUUCACGUUUGAGGUCCUAAUCCGUGUGUGAGAUGCUGUGCAGGUGGUUUGAGUGUGUUGUGUUUUAGUGUAUUAUGGUGUGGUCAACCCCAUCAGGAGAGGUGGUAGUAGACUUCGCCACGAGGCCCGGGCAGUCGGAGCACAGUCACGGCGCGCUGGCGUACGGCGGCAAGCCGGGCGGCGGCGGCGCGGGCGGCGGCGUGGCGUCGCAGCCGCGCGCGCCGCCCGCCGCGCCCUACGCGCCCGCCUACUCGCCCGCCCAGCUGCGCCUGCACCAGCCCGGAUAUGGCUCCGCUGCGCUUAGUUACAGAGACAGCAGCUACGGUCGCGGCGGCGGCGCCGUGGGCGAGUACCGCGGCAACACGGCCCGGGUCUCCCUGCUGGGUUCCCCAUACCUGCCACCCCCCGCGCCCCCGCAGCACCACCCGCCCCCGGCCGACCCGCCGCCCUUCAAGAAGAUACGGCUCAGUGCUGACCGCUCCGCACUUACGAAUGUGCCGCACCAUCAGCCGCUUAGGGUUGAUACUAGGGAGCCGGUGAAUAGUUAUAAUGUGGAGAUGUUAUCUCCGAACCCCCCUUCGGACACGACGGUGGAAGACCAGAACUUUCGGACCACCAAGGAUGAUCUGCUGCAACAGAUAUCUAAGGUGGACCGGGAGAUGUCUCUGUCGGAGACGACGCUGUCCAAGCUGAAGAAGAAGCAGAAGGAGCUAGAGGAGGCGGCUAGCAAGCCGGCCCACGCUGAGGAGCCCGAGGAGCAGGCGCCGCGGCACACCAGCCUCGCGCACUGCAUCUAUGCAGACAAUAGGAAGAAGGCGGCGUCAGCGCACGCGCAGCUCGCGCACCUCGGGCCGACGCUGCUGUACCCGCUGUACAACCAGCCCCAGGACACGGAGGUGUACCACGAGACCGUGCGCCGCAACCGGCUGUUCCGCCGCCGCCUGCUGGAGCACGUGCGGCGCGCGCGCCUCGAGGCCGAGCAGCGGGAGCAGGCCUUGUCGGAAGCGUAUUCAAGAAGAGCAGCGGAAUGGCAGAGAAGAGUAGAGCGGAUAGAACAGGGACAGAAACGGAAAGCGAAAGAAGCGCGGAAUAGAGAAUUCUUUGAAAAGGUAUUCCCCGAGCUGCGGAAACAACGGGAAGAGCGCGAGCGCUUCAACCGACUCGGCGCACGGGUGAAGUCCGAAGCGGAACUCGAGGAGAUCGCGGACGGACUGCACGAGCAAGAGCACGAGGACAAGAAGAUGCGCGCGCUCACCGUCGUGCCGCCGCUGCUGCAGGACAACAGCGCUGUUCCGAAAUAUACGGAUACGAACCGGCAAUGCAUGGACAUGGAGGCGGAGCACAAAGAGCUACAACUCCGCAACGUGUGGUCUCCGGCCGAGCGGGAGCUGUUCAAGGAGAAGUACCUGCAGCACCCCAAGAACUUCGGCCAGAUCGCCAGCUUCCUGCCCAGGAAGAGCGUCCGGGAUUGCGUCAGAUUCUACUACCUCUCGAAGAAGGCGGAGAACUACAAGCAACUCCUGCGCAAGCCCCGGCAGCGGCGCUCGGCGCGCAACCCCCCGCGCCCCGCGCCCGAGCCCGAGCUGCCCGCCGGCGUCACCACGCGCCUGCAGCGCUCGCAGGGUACGACAGCGCGAGGCACCGACAACAAGGACGGUCAGCAGAACAUGGAGGAACAGCCGCCUGCGCCCGCCGGCGACGCCGUUGCUUGCGUCCCCGCGCCUCCCAGGUCCGAGCUCACCCGCACCCCUCCGCCGCUGCCCACCUCGCCACCACCAGCAUCCUCCGCGCCGCCUGCCCCGGCCACCACCACGGCGGUGCCGCUGCCCGGCAGCCCCGCGCCGCCCGCGCUCACCGUCACCACGCCCUCGCCAGGCCCGGAGGGGAAGGAGGAGACUACGACUACGGCUGUGGUUACUCCAAUACCUUCAACAACCUCCUCCACGCCCACACCGCCGGCGGCGACCACCCCCGUCACGUCGACGUGUCCGACCGUGGUCGUGACGUCAUCGCCCGCGUCGGUCGUGACGUCGGUGGCCACGUCCGUGGUGACGUCCACGGGCGUUGUGAGCGCGCCCGCGACGCCGCAGCCCGCGCAGCCGCCCACGCCGACGCAGCCGCCUACUCCGGAAGCUGCGUUGAUCGAGCGGCUCACACCCUCCGCUGCACCCACGGCGCCCAGCCCCGCCGCCACCACCACGCUCGCCGCCGCCGCGCCACCCACCACCUGUGCUGUCUGCGGCGUCAGCGGCGCCACCCGGAGCGUGUCGCGGUCGCGAGCUCAUCAUUAUGGCAUACGGGAGGAGAUGGCGCUAGGCGCGCGAGUAUGCGAAGCCUGCCACGUGCGUUGCGUGGUCUCCCGCUACACGUGGUGUCCCGUGGCGUCGUGCGUCACGCCCAAGGUGCGCGCCAAGCGGCUGAGGCACCUGCCGCCGCGGUGGCACGACCUCCCGCCCGAUGUGAAGAGGCCGCUGUGCGACGAGUUUAACAUACCAGCUGAGCUAAGCAAAUGUUGCCUAGCGUGCUUCAAGCGGAUAACGAGGCGACUGGAGACCAUCGGGGAGCCGACCCUUGAACCUACAGAAGACGAAGCUUCAAGAUUCAGGACAUUACUACGAGAGCAUGGGACAGCGUGGGACCGCAUGGCCGCGUCCUGUGGGAGGCCCCCGGCCAGCCUCAAGGCCUUCUACUUCACGUACCGGAAGCGGUUUCAGUUGGAUGCACUGGUGGCUGAGAGGCAGGUGCCUAAAGGCAGCGACACAGAAGACUCGAUCCUAAGCUCGGGCGACACGGACACGGCGUCGGCGGAGUCCCCGCGGCCGCCGCCGCCGCCCGAGCCCGCGCCGCCGCCGCCGCCGCGCCGCGACGAGUACGACUCCUCCGCCACCGAGACCGCCGAUGAGGAGAAUGAUGCCCCCACGGCCAAGGUGCUCGGGCAGCUAAUCCCCGCCCCGCGGCCCAUAUCCCCGGCGCCGCCGCCCGCGCCCCCCGCGCCGCCCCCGCGCUCCCAGGGCGCCUCCCCCGCGCCCCUCACCGUGAGGGACGUCGUGCUCAACAUGAUCGAGAUCAGCCUCAAGAACGCUAAUAAUGGACCGCCUAAACAUAAUCAUAAUAAGGUGACGUCAUCAACGCCAACGCCGCUACCACCACGGGAGUCGCUCGCGACGCUCAGUGUUGUGAAUAGCGGACACACCCCCGCGCCCCGCUCCCCGCACCGCCCCGCCACCAUCACCCCGCUACGACCUAACAAUAAGCAGGACGGGCUGAUGGUGGUGCACAUCGAGCCCCGCAACGAGCCCCUACUAGACCUGAGUGUGAAGCGGCCACGGAACGACGUGUCUGUGUCUGUGACGCAGGGGAAACCGCAACAGCAAGUAUACAGAAACAUGACGGAAUACAACAACGUGAACCUAACAGCGUACCGGGCGAACCCCAACAUCUCAACCAGUGCACCGUCGAACCAACCCCCCAACACCAACCCUUCACCUUCAGCAUCCCCACGGCAAUAUGGUGUUGGGCCCGUCAGACCACCCAUGCAGGCGAGGGUUAAGCUACCAGCGGCCAAAGGGUCGAUAACACUAGGCACGCCACUGGAACAGGCGACGCGGCCGCCCAAUGACAAUAAGACUGGUGAGUAUCGAUCAAUAACAGCGGGCACCCCCGUGCACCCGCACCUGGCGGACAAGCGGCAGUUCGACUACUACAAGCGAGGCUCCUACUACAACACGAGCCAGCCGCGCCCGCACUCGCCCUCCUUCUCUAAUCAACAGCCGCCCUACACGCGCAGUCCCUACGAGCAACGGCAGAUCAUAAUGGCGGACUUCAUCACGUCGCAGCAGAUGCACGGGUGCGCGCGCCGCUCGCCGCCGCCGCAGCAGUACUCGCCGCAGAGAAGAGAGAACGUCAGCGUCAUACAGAGGCACUCGGCGCAUGCUUAUCCUCCGCCUGGUCACGAAGCCUUCACAUCGCUAGUGGACGUGGCAUCAGCCGCCACCGCCCUGCCGGUCCCGCGCGGGGAGGUGAAGCCCGAGCCCAAGCAGCAGCCCAACCACAUACCGCAGCAUGAUAUCAGAAUACAAGAGCGGCUACAACGAGACAUGAUGGCGCAGGCGCAGGCGCAGCAGAAGUACCACCAGCAGAUCCAGUACCAGGCCAGCGUGCUAGAGCGGGACAGACGCGUGCAACAGGCGCAGUACAUGGACCGAGAGAGGGACAGGCAUAUAGCGUUACAACAGAAUAGGGAUAGAGAACGCGCAAUCCACGUGAUGCAAGAGCGGCAAAUGAUGGACCACCAUCAUCAACAGCAACAACAGGCGCAGGCGCAGCAACAACAACAGCAGCAACAACAGCAACAAGCGCAGCAGCAAGCGCAACAACAACACCAACAGCACCAGCAGCAUCAACAGAAUCAACAGCAUCAGCAGAAUCAACAACAUCAGCAAAAUCAACAGAAUCAGCACCAACAGCAUCAGCAGAGUCAGCACCAACAACACCAACAGAAUCAGCAGAACCAACACCAACAGCAACAGAACCAGAUGAUGCACGACCGACAGAGGGAGAUCAGAGAGCAUCAGAGCCAUCAUAUGCCGCAUCCGCAACAGUUGCAAAGCGCCGCUAGUCAAGAGAACGACCGACGGACUUACGCCGCCUACACCGCCGCCGGCAAGCAUCGCCCGCCGCCGCAAACGCAUUACGUAGAGAAGAAAGACAGUCGUCCAAACAGCGCGAGCAGUGCGGGCGCGCCGCACCCCCCGGCCCCCGCGCCCGCGCCCCCCGCGGCCCCCGAGCCGCGAAGAGACAGCCGGGUUGAGGGCACGUUGACUGCGGCGUCGCUGAUCGAUGCUAUUAUCACGCAUCAGAUCAGCCAGACGUCUACGGAUACUAGGUUCCCGCCAAUGAGCCGCGAGUGCGACAACGGCGCCCCCCCACCCCCCUCUGACCGGCCCGAGCGGCCGCCGCCAGAGCGCGACGAGCUUCUCCCACAGCACACCACCAGCAUCAAGCUGGGCGACCUGGCGUCCAACAUCAUCACCAGGGACUUCUGCAGUCCUACGCACGCCUCGCUUAUACAGCAUAACAACCGUCGCCCGCUGGCGUCGGAGAAGCUGUUCCCGCACGGCGAGGCCAAGCACGCGCCCUAUCUGGAGCCCGUGUCGCCGCCCGACAACCACCAUAGCAACAGAAACAGCAGUUCGAGCUCAAACCGCGGGCGCUACGGCGGUGGCGGCGCGGGCGCGGGCGGCGGGCUCAUCGACUCCGCCUACCACUACGUCACCACUCGCAUCGUGGAAGUCAUGCGAGGCGAUGAUGAAAGACAUCUAGCGCCAGAUCCGCUGCCCGCCAAUACUUAUGCGUACCCGUACUCAGCGUUGAAUGUUUCCGCGCCCACGCAGAAUAGCGUCGUCGCUAUUGAUGGAGGUUCAAGCAACAGCGGUCACGCGCCCGCGCCGCCGCCGCCCGUCGCGCCCGAACCCGCGCCCCUAAUGUCUGCACAGUACGAAUCAGUUUCCGACGAGGACUGACGCCGCCCGACGCCGCGCCAGCUACCCGCCUAGCGCUGCCCCGUCAUCCGCCGCCGCCCGCUCAGCUGACCGGGGACGAGCGAAUGCACACCCUAAACUAUACCACGUACGGCACAUUGUCGAAUGGACAAAGACUUGUUAUUGUUGCACUUUGAGUUGAUUAGUUGUACCUCUGGCGUUAAGAUAUUUGGAAGUUACGCCGGAGUAGAAGUGAUCGAUGCAGGUGGAAGAAACGGAUUAUUGACAAAGACCUGAUCGGGUCUAGGACAGAGUUUGAGGAUCUAAGAGAUAUAUUCAGUAUUGAAGCUGAGUUGUCUCGACAUUGCCCGAGGAUCCCAAACUAAACAAAUGAACGUGAAAGAGAAUGAGUAGAUGUAAGGUCCAACCAUAGAUUAGCCUGACGAGAUCUGGUUGUUGCACUUAAAUACUUGGAUGUAUAAUGUAUAGUUUAUUAUAAGUCGGAUACUGUGGAAAUUACCCGGAUAAUUUAAAAUAAAGAAAACAAACAACAGGGUGCAUUUUAAAGGAUCUCAAAUGGAGACGUCUGCAUCUGUGAUUUUACCUUUAAAAUUGUAAAUUGAAUAAUAAUAUUAAAUGAACAUUGUAAUUCUGGAAGUGACUAAAUCAAACAGGGAAUGUGGUGUCUAUAGACUAGCGGCGACGUGAUGUGAAGCUUUAAGUGUUGACUGAGUGACUACAGACAGUGCAGUGCAGUGAAGUGACACACGCAUAGACACCCGCCGAACUACAACUGCGUGUGGGAGGAAUCUGCCCAUUCUAGGGACUAAUUGUAAUAUAAUAACUUGGUAAAACAAUCGAAAGAUUGCAGCAAUCGAUACGCUUACUACAGAUGUUAACACGUUUUUAUCUGGUAAUAUUGUUAUCGAAAUUUCUUUCAUCAUGUAAAAUUAUUAGAAAGUUUUUGAUGUAUUUUUUUAAAUAUACUUAGGUACAAAAUUUGAAGUUUAAUAUUGUCUACUGUUUCUUUAAUCACUUACCAUAAUUUCACACUAGUACGACUGCGGACUGUUCCAAUGCAAAAGGUCGGUGCAUGAAUCGAUUAAACGAAAAAUGGAACAGUAUUUUUUCUUUAACAAGUGGCUAAUUAAUGCGUCUUAUAAAGAGAAAGAUAUCCAGUCUUCCAGGCCACCCCCCACGACUAUAGGUUAGCUCCGUUACUUCGUCCAAUACGUAGCUAUUAUUAAGUGAUUAUGUAAAUUGUGUAAAAUAAUUUAUCGUUUGUUGAAUGUAUUCUUUUGGCCAACCUCUCGCGUCUACCUUUUGUACUAAAUAUACAGUGUUAACUGGGAAGUUGAAUAAUGCUGUAAAUAUUGUAAUAACGUUCGCUUAUUGGCGAGAGGUGGCCCCGACUAGUGACGACCCGCAGAUUCCUCAAGCAACCUUUGUCCCCAACCCUCUAUAGAGUUGUAACAUAGACCUUACUCGCAACGUAUAAGACUUGAAUUUGUGAUUCGGACUUCGCUGCCGCCCCGCGUCGGUAGUAUCGCGUAGUAUGUCGUUGUGUUGUUACUGUAUAUAGCCAUUCAUUACGUUUAUGUAUAGUUUGUGUACGUCCGCCGCACCGAAGUCCGACCAGAUUUACGAUAACCGACUUGAACUGUUUCGCGAAAUGUAAUACCUUAUAAUAAAGACUAUAUAAAUAGUGUACACAUGGUUAUCGGAAUAUUCGUAAAAUGGUAAAUUAUACAUAAUAUGUAUGUAAAAAUGUAUCGUUAAUGUAUACAUACAUUUGUGCAUUUGUAAUUAAUUAUACAGUUUAGUUAAGACUUACAAUAGAGAUUUCUUUUUUUAGUUAGCUCGGCCGCCGUGGCCGCUUAUAAAUACUGACCGUGUGGGUGAUGAGUGAUGAGUGAGUGAGGAGUGAGUGAGUGAGCGCGUGAGUGAGCGAGUGAGUGUUCAUUCGCCGCGAGCGGAUGCGGGGCCGGCCGCCGCCUCGCGUCUACACACAAAUGGUGCAUUUUUUCAUAGUGUGAUGUGUUAAAUUGAGCCGCAACUAUUCAGAAGGCUUCACCCGCCUCGAGCCGAAUCCUGCGGUUGUUUGUAUAAUGUAAAUGUUUCGCAUAUUGUGUAAAAACGACUGAUUAAAGUUUACUUUUGAGUGAGUAUGAAGAGCCGCGCGGCGCCGGCCGGCCCCUACUCUCCACAUUGUGAUUUCUUUAUAAAAUUGUAAUAUUAAUGUAAUGUAAGUAGCCGAAAGAAAAGAUAAAGAUAAUCCUUGUAAGUCCAAUCAUAAGCGAAAACAAAGUUUUGGGAGGACAAAUCAAUAAAUAAGAUGCAAAUCUA